AUGCGCCCUGGCGGCCGCCCCGAGAGCGACGGCGCCGGCGCCGAUCCCUCGCGGCGUGCGCCGGCUCUCGCGGCUGUGCGCCAGCAGCUCGCGGCCGCUGCGGAGGGGCUGCGGGGCUUGGAGCGGUGCAUAGACGGCGGGAGCGGCCGCGCGCUGGACGCCGCGGCGGAGGCUCUGGGCCUGCACGACCUUCAGGCGCAGCUGGAGGCGGAGCGCGACGCCGCCAGUGCGAAGGCCGAGCAGCUGGCCAGCGACAAGGACGAGCUGCUCAAGGCACGGGCGAAGUUGGAGUCAGAGUUGCGGGAGGCGCGGUCCGAGCUCCAGGAAACCCAGAGGUUGUUGCGGCACGGGGCGCUGGCGGGAAGGCGCCUGGCGGACGAAGAUCUCGCUCGCGAGGCGCGCGCCGCGUGGUCCGCCGGCGGCGCUCAGGGGCUGGCUCCCAGCCCGGGCCGCCGUUGGAGGGAGCCGGAGGUGCGGCAGCUGGAGAGGCGGGGCCUCCGCGAGCGGGCCUACGGCGUGGCCGAGCCGGGCGCGGCGCCAGGGCCCCGCAAGCCCCUGUCGCGGCACGGGCCUGCCGCCCAGCCGCUCCGCCGCCGCUCGGCUCGGGCCGAGGCGAGCUGGUGUGAGUGGAGCGACACUGCAGGCAGGAGUACGGACCCGUCGGCCAUCCUCAAGAAAGAGGAUCAGAGGGAGGCCAGCCUCGCGGUCUGGCUGGAGGACUACGAGAAGUCGAGCGCGUGGGUAGACCAGCUGAGCGUGCAUCCCGCCAAGGAUGCCCUCAGCAAGGCUCUCGGCAACCCCGAGAACGUGGUGUGGGCACCGAUCUACCUGCGCGGGGAGAGGAUCUCCGAGCUGGGCCGCAUCCAGUUCUCGUACUACCUGCUCAGCAUGGACUUCUGGAGGAUGAUCCCCGAGGCCAUGGAGCACGUGCUCAUCUUUGGUGACGACAGCAUUGUCCUGAAGGGCAACGGCUGCAUCGACAAGUAUGCCGACUACGACUACUCGGGUGCCCCCUGGCACAGCGAUCUCCACAACAUCGAGGGUACGGCGGCAACGGGGGGUUCCGCCUCGUCAAGCGGUCCAGCAGCAUCGCGUGCCUGA